AUGGCCAAGAAGUCUGCCUUGGCAGCGCUAAAGUCAACGUCGCUUGAGUGGACGGCUGUCUACAACGGAUACUUCCUCGACUACUUCGGUACCCCGAAGGUGAAGAGUUACAUGGAUGAUGUAUCUUUCUUCGUGGACGUUGCGAAUAAUGUGGCGGCCAUUCCCGGAUCUGGGGAGGUGCCUGUUGUGUUCACGCACAGCUUUGACGUCGCGCGUCUCGUUGCUGCAUUGCUCGAAAAGAGCAAAUGGCCCGCGGAGACGUACAUCAUUGGUGACAAGGUUACCUUCCACGAGAUGGUGCGCUUGGCCGAGAAAGUCAAAGGCAAGUACUCUGAGGGCUUCCCCUUUGGCCAAUUUCUGACGGCUCGUCCAGCUACCAAGUUUACGGUGGCGCAUGAUUCGGUUGAGGACCUUCAGGCGUGCAAGCUGACGGAACUGCCCUCUCAUCGCCAAUUCUAUCAGAUUUAUCCGAAAGAGAUGCUGCACAGUUUUCUUGCUCCAUUUGGGCUCAAUUGCGAGCGAGGACAGGCUGAUCUCAAACCCAGCCGUACCCUUAACGAGGAGUUUCCGGAAAUCAAGGCAAUGAAGGCUAAGGAUGUGCUCGAACAGGGCUGGGGAAGGGCAUGA